AUGAACCUGCUCACAUCCAUUGUUGCUUUUUCUUCUCUUCUUGGAGCGAUAUCCGUCCAAGCAUGCAACGCCGAUAACUGUGCGCGUGCUGUAAGCGGGACACGAGCAGGCGCUGCUUUCUCUAUAACGGCACGAGCAGAUUGUAGUAGUUUCCAGAAAGUAACUGUUACUCCAAUCCCUGUGACAUCGACAACGACAACUUCAUUAGCAACAUCGAGCCCUACCACCUUUGUGACGCAGACUGUCACUACUCUGACCAGCACCACUGUGGUUGAUACUUAUACUUCUAUAGUUACGACAGUAAUUCAGUACACAUUUCCACCCGAUCGUCGGAGAGCAGCCGACCUCGGGACAGGUGGAGAGGUUCCAAACCCUUCUUCAGCGGACAUGACCAAGAUUGAGCGUCGACAGGUGACAGUUGUUCCAAGUAUCGUACCCACCUAUGCUUCUGCUUGCUCCGGAAGUGUGAGAUAUCAAAGCGCGUGUUCCUGCUGGGGAAUAACACCCACAACCGUCACGGCAGCCACGCCAACGCUCUGGCUAUCUGUUGUGGCCAGCACAUCUGUCACAGUCACUAUUCAACAUACAACAACAGCUACGUCUGUGGGCACUACCCUCUCUACUACUACCAUUACAGGUACAACUACUGCUCAGCCUACAGCUUGCUUGGCGAGCGACAAUUAUGGAUUUAAGUAUGGCAGAGGUUUAACCUGGCCUGGCCCUGGCCAAAGCUUCAUUGCGAUUACAUACGCCAGUUUUCCAAUCUUCGAUCAAGAGGGAUGUUGUCAGAAGUGUUUCUCGACACCUAAUUGCUUCAAAUAUUUUCUCCCCGGCCUGUGCUUACUUUAUGUACUCAACUCGCCGAAUAUCGCCUCAGGUACAAAUAUUUGUCCAGCAGGGGUGGCACUAGAGUAUACGGAAACCUACAGCCUCUCGGGUAUUGGACCAUGUGCUGUGGAUGCGGGCAUGUGGGUAGAUGAAGACCAUUAUUAA